AUGGAUAGUGACACAAAUUCAGAAGACAUGAAUGAAGAAUAUAAACAACAAGUCAUAGCAGAAGAAAUGGAAAUUGAUGAACUUGUCCUUGUUGUUGCAAGAACAUCAAUAUAUUAUCAUAAUAAUUUUUUGGUUAAGGAACCAUGUAAAAAUUCACCUCACACUGGCUGGAAAUUUAUGAUGAAAAUUAUGGAUGGAAAUGGUCGACGAUGUCAUGAGAUGUUUCGAAUGGAAAAACAUGUUUUUUGUAAACUGUGUGAUAGAUUGAGAAGAAAUAGAAUGAUUCAAGAGCAUUUUCAGCAUUCAUGUGAAACUGUUAGUAGACAAUUUUCAAAUGUAUUGGAAAAAAUGAGUAUGCUUGCUUUGGAUGAAAUUAGACCACCUGAAAAUUUUGAUGAAGUCCCAUAUUAUAUACGAAACAAUCCUACAUAUUGGCCAUACUUUAAAGAUUGUAUUGGAGCAAUAGAAGGAACACAUGUUCGAGUUUCACUUCCAGUAGAUAAACAAAGACCAUGCAUUGGAAGAAAGGGUAAGUAUUACUUAGUUGAUGCAGGGUAUCCAAAUAUGAAAUAUUAUUUAGCUCCAUAUAAAGGGACAAGAUACCAUCUUCCUCAAUUUCAACAAGGUAGUCAACCUAGUGGCUCUAAAGAAGUAUUUAACCAUGCUCAUUCAUCAUUGUGCAGUGUUAUUGAACGUUGUUUUGGUGUAUGGGAAGCACGAUGGGAAAUUUUGCAACGAAUGUCAAAUUAUAAGUUUGAUAAACAACCCUCCACCGGAGACACCACCUUCGCCCUCCGUCGGAGACGCAGCCCCCCACCCCCUGACGAUGAUGCAGCUCCACCACCCUUUGGUUCUUCUUCUUCUGUUGGUUUUAAUGUUAUUAUUUUGGUUGUUCUGGUUGCUCUUCUUCCUUUUUACAUCUGA